GCUUGUGGGGGAGUUGAGUUGUGGAUGAGUGCCAGUCUUCAAGAGGACGACUUUUCACCCCGAAAACUGAUUUGUUGGAGAAAUUUAUUUUGAUGCAGCGGACCAGAGCAUGCGGGCACAUUUUGCAGCUUGCAACCACCUGCACCCCCUGCCACGUGACUCGCACUUCACUUGCUGAAAGACUCACACACGGACACCAUAUCCACUUGGCCAGGACCCUAUUAUUCCACCGCCACGCAUCCACCACUCUGUCUCGUUCUCUGAUCAUGUCCCAUCAGAAGAAGGUCUCUCUCAAUCCUCAUGAUCUGUGGGGAGUUUUGAACGGUCCAAAAAUGAGUCAAACUGCGCCAGCACCCCAGGGUUCUGAGUCACCCGCAUCUCCUAACGCCAAAUCUUCAAAAAGACCCCAAGUUCAGUCCCAGGCCAAGAAUUUACCUGGUAGACCCAAAGAAAUGUCUACUCAAGCCCCAUCAAAGGCCCAUCAAGCCCCCAAAGAACUCCCUGAUUUCAUUCAGGAGAGAAAUGUUCUUUUUGAACAACUGAAAAAAGAACAUGACCAACAACUCGCCAGCCGAGAUAAGCCGGCAAUUCAAAUCGUCCUGACACCAGCCCCUGGCCAAGAAACCACCAUUGAUGGAAAAGCAUGGGAGACCACACCGGGCCAUCUCCUAAAGAAUGUGCCAAAGGAUCGUGCUGGUCAGAUCGUUGUGGCUAAAGUUGAUGGUGAACUCUGGGACUUGGACCGCCCUCUAGAAAAGGACAGCAAAGUCUCCUAUCUCACCUUCUCCGACCCUGAAGGCCGUGAUGUUUUCUGGCAUUCGUCAGCCCACGUUCUCGGAGAAUGUGCUGAACACGAGUACGGAUGUCGUCUGUCACAUGGUCCUCCCACAGCCAUGGGCUUUUUCUACGACAUGGCCCUCCCUCCCGGCGAUGCAGUGCGUGAAGCAGAAUGGCCAUCACUAGAGAACCGCGCCAAGAAAUUCACAAAGGACAAACAAGCAUUCGAACGUCUUGAAGUGUCUAAGGACAAUCUGCGCAAACUAUUCGGCUACAGCAAGUACAAGAUGCACUACAUUGAAAAGUUUGUGCCAGACGGCGAGUCAUCCACCGUCUACCGUAACGGCACAUUGGUCGAUCUGUGCCAAGGUCCUCAUAUCCAAAACACACGGAAGAUCGAGGCGUUCAAGAUCAUGAAGAACAGUUCAGCCUACUUUCUGGGUGACCAGACCAACGACUCCCUCCAACGCAUCCACGGUGUCGCAUUCCCAUCCAAGCAACAACUCAAAGAAUGGGAACAUUUCCUCGAAGAGGCCAAGAAGCGAGACCAUCAAGUCAUUGGUCAACAACAGAAACUCUUCACCUUCAGCCGUCUCUCCCCAGGUAGUCCAUUCCUCCUUCCUCACGGCACUCGUAUCUUCAAUGCUCUGCAACAAAUGCUUCGAGAUCAAUAUUGGGAGCGAGGCUACCAAGAAGUCCAAUCCCCCAACAUGUUUGACGUGGAUCUCUGGAAAACCUCCGGUCACUGGCAACAUUACCAAGACGACAUGUUCCGAGUGGUAGUCAAAGACGACACCUCCGACCCCCUCCCAUUGGCCGACAAGACCGCCGACGGCAAACCCCUUCCACCCAAACCCGCCGAAGACAAAGACAAGGGUGUUUUCGCCUUGAAACCCAUGAACUGCCCUGGCCACUGUCUCAUGUUCCGAGACGAAGAACGUUCGUAUCGAGAACUCCCAUGGCGAGUUGCCGACUUUGGCGUGCUACACCGUAACGAAGCCUCCGGCGCCCUGUCCGGCUUGACUCGAGUGCGCAAAUUCCAACAGGACGACACACACGUGUUCUGCACCAACGAGCAAGUCCAAGGCGAGAUCGAAGCAUUAUUCGACUUCAUGCAACACGUAUACAGCCUGUUCGGAUUCCCAUUCAAAUUCAAACUCUCCACACGCCCCGAAGGAUACAUGGGUACAUUGGAAGAAUGGGACAUUGCCGAAGCACGCUUGAAGUCGGCACUCCAAAACUUCCGCGGCGCAGACUGGGAACUGAACGAAGGCGACGGUGCAUUUUACGGACCCAAGAUCGACGUCACCAUUCAAGACGCCUUGAUGCGCGAAUACCAAUGCGCCACCAUCCAACUCGAUUUCCAGGGCCCUCAGAACUUCAAACUCGAAUACCGCACCAACGAACCCUCCGCGACAAACACCGAGACACCUACUGCAGCCAGUUCCGAACCCGCUAAACCUCGCGACCCCAAGGCUCCAGGCCAAGGCAUGGCUCGUCCCGUGAUGAUCCAUCGUGCGAUCAUCGGCAGUUUCGAGCGAUUCAUCGCCAUCUUGUGCGAACACUUUGCGGGUAAAUGGCCAUUUUGGCUUUCUCCACGUCAAGUCCUGGUGAUCCCCGUCAUGAAAGGUGCAGAGGACUAUGUGCGCGAGAUUCAGAGUAUUUUCCACAAGGCGCGUUUGUAUGUCGACAUUGAUGUGAGUGGAAACACUUUGCAGAAGAAGAUUCGAAGUGGGCAGUUGGCGCAGUAUAACUUUAUUUUCGUCGUCGGUGCCAAAGAACAAGAAACUCGUACCGUCAAUAUCCGCAAUCGUGAUGAUCCGGCUACUCAGAAGAUGGGCGAACUUAUUCCCUUGCAAAAGGCUUUGGAACGCUUAGUUGCCUUGCGCGAUGAGCGACGGCUGGAGAAUAAGAUUGAUAUGGGAGAGUAGAGUGAUUUGAGAUUGGGUAGGGCCAUCAGGUGUAGGUUUGAGGAGACUCGGUAGAGCGAACAAGUCGAUGUGGUAGCAAGAGAAGACGUCGCGUGUCACCAUGUAGAAUCUAGUAUGGAAUUCUUGAUCAAGAUGUUGUUUGCGUCUUCAC